AAGGUGGGUUAUAUUGUUGUUUAGAAAAAUGUGAGGCUCAUUUUACACAACAUUUAUAGUGGCUGUAUAGUGAACAAAUAAGAUAUAUUUAUUAAUUUUUUUAAUUGAAAAAGAAAGUUGCCUCUCUCACAAACACAAUCAGUUCUGAAUUUUCAUGAUUGUUUUGAAACUCACCCCCACUGAGUUCCCUUUUCAGGGAUUAUUCAGCGAUUUUCUGUUUCUAUACUUCAGAAAAGGUGUGAGCAUGACAGGCCAUAAACAUAACGUAGGGCACAAUCAUUUGGGUGUGUUCAGAGCUUUAAUAGACACAAGAAUUACGUCAUAGUGGAAUUUUGUGGCGUACACGUAGUGUACAGUAUAUGACCUGUUCUUUGUUUCUUAAUGCUUUUAUUGUUAUUUAAUGUUUGUGUAGCAUGUAUUAAAUAUGCAAUCAUACGAUGUAAUUCACUUGAUCAAAUUAUGCCCAUGUCGACUUCAUUUGUUGCCACAAAGUGCUAUUAAGUGCAGUGAGGUUUACUUAUAGAUAUUCAAGAUCAUGAAAGGUGUUUCGUUGACAGGUACUUACACAACCUUCAUUUUCCAUUCUUCUCAAGAUGAAUGGGUAUUUCCCACGAUCAUGUGACGAGGCACGAGGGAAACCCAGGACCGUGUUUUGCUGAUCAUGGCCAUGGCCGACCGGUUCGGCAGGACGUGUGUAUUUGCGUUUGCGCUCGUGGUCACUGUAUUACAAGUCAGUGGAAAUGAGGAGAGGCAGUUGAUUGCAGAUAAGUUUAAGAACUACAAUAAAAAUAUUCGACCAGCAAGAAACACUGAUGAAAAAGUGAAGGUUCAGGUCAAGUUAACCCUCACCAACCUCAUCUCUUUGAAUGAAAAAGAGGAGACUCUCACUACAAAUGUUUGGAUUGAGAUUCAAUGGCAUGAUUACCGUCUUGCAUGGAAUAAAUCUGAAUAUCAUGGCAUUGAUCUGAUCCGUGUGCCAUACAACACUGUGUGGCUACCAGAUAUAGUUUUGGAAAACAACAUUGACGGCAAGUUUGAUGUGGCAUACUAUGCCAAUGUGCUGAUUUCGAGUGACGGCUCCAUGUACUGGCUUCCCCCUGCCAUCUACCGCAGUACCUGUACCAUUGAGAUCACCUACUUCCCUUUCGACUGGCAGAACUGCACACUAGUCUUCAGGUCUCAGACAUACAGUGCAAAUGAAAUUGAUAUGGUAUUGGCAGAAGAUACCGAAACAGGGAAGCCUAUUGAGUGGGUGGACAUCGACCCUGAGGCCUUCACAGAAAACGGGGAGUGGGCAAUCAAGCACCGGCCCGCACGUAAGCUGACGAACCAUCGUUACUCCCCUGAUGACCUGGAGUACCAGGAGGUGUAUUUCAAUCUCAUCAUCCAGCGGAAACCACUCUUCUACAUCAUCAACAUCAUCCUGCCCUGCUCUCUCAUCUCCUCUCUGGUUGUUCUGGCCUUUUUUCUACCUGCAAAAGCUGGAGGGCAGAAGUUGACUGUGUCCAUUUCUGUACUGUUGGCUCAGACUGUGUUUCUCUUCCUGAUUGCUCAGAAGAUUCCAGAAACGUCACUUUCCGUGCCUCUUAUUGGCAAGUAUUUAAUCUUUGUCAUGUGUAUGACCACAUUGAUAGUGACCAACUGCAUUAUUGUCCUCAACUUCUCCCUCCGCAGUCCUAGUACACACAACAUGUCACAGGCCAUCAAACAUAUUUUCCUCGUGGUGGUCCCUCGUUUCCUCGGCAUGGCAUCAUUUGUGGAUGAGGAGGAGCCAGGUGGUGGGACGCAUGAAAUGAGGGAGAGGCGCCGCAGUUCAUUUGGGCUGAUGCAGAGGGCAGAGGAAUAUGUUUUGAAACAGCCACGCAGUGAGAUGAUGUUCGAUAAACAAAGAGAGAGACAUGGACUCAUGCGCUCAAUUGUGGAUGAAAUUGAUGUGAGCAGUACGGCAAACCUCUACAAGAGUCUGGCAAAGACAGCACCUGAAAUAAAAGAGUGUGUGGAUGCCUGUAACUUCAUUGCUGAAUCCACCAAGCAGCAGAAUGACAUCGGAUCUGAGAUGGAGAGUUGGGUGCUGAUUGGAAAGAUGAUUGACAAGCUUUGUUUCUGGGCAGCCAUCACGCUAUUCUCUGUUGGAACAGUGGCCAUCUUCCUCAUGGGUCACUUCAACCAGGCACCCGAGUACCCAUUUCCUUGGGAGAACAAAAAGUACUUACCUGAGUAGUGAAGAAGCUCUGAAGACUCUAGAGAUGGAACAUAAUUUGGUACAUAAAAUAAAUACCGGGACAAGUUUUAUAGCUGGAGUUGGAUUACAACAAGCUGUACAUGAUAUGAACAGUAUCGUUCGACUUGAUAUGUGAUCUUGUCUUAUAUUUCAUAUUAUGAACUAUGGGUGUCCAUGCAUGCAUUAACAUUUUGUACUAAAUGUUGUACUUACACAAGGGGGAUUUUUACAGAAAUGUACAUUUUGCUUAUGCUUGUGCAAAAAUGAUUAGUGAAAUAAUACGAUAAUAAAUUAAUAAUAAUAAAUUA